AUGUUCUCGUGUAUCAUCUGCCUCGACACACUCAAGUCGCCAGUGGCGCUUCCUUGUGGCCACGUAUUCUGCUGCGCGUGCAUCGAGCGCAUAGUCACCACCAUCAAGCCUUUCACAAGCCAGCACUGCUGCCCCUCCUGCCGGCGGCCCUACUCAAUCUCAACCAUCGACCCCUCCAUGAUCCCCUCCCACCUACACCAGCACAUCUUCCCGCCUAUCCGCAAACUCUACCUCGACCUCUCGCCCACCCUCCCGCGCCCCUCCACCUCCUCGCAGUCCCAAACACACCUAGCAGCCCCAACCGAAGGCGAAACAGCCAAAGCAGAGAACCUCGCGCUGCGCGCGCAUGUCGAGAUGUGGAAGCGCCGCGCGGAGGUGCACAGCGCGGCGAACCUCGGGCUCGUCAACCUCGCCAAGAUGGCGCGCGAUUACGCCGUCGGCGUCAAGCGCGAGCGGGACGCGCUGGAACGGGAGAUGGCGGAGCUGCGGAGGCGGCUCGGCGGAAGUGCGAAGGAGAAGGAGAAGGAGGCCGAGGGUGAUAGCGACUCCGCGUCCACCAGCCCCCCGCCCGCCACCCCGCCGCCACUGCCAGUGGCGGUAAAACACGAACAACCGGACAUCCUCCUCCCGCCUGAGUCACUCCUCGCGACCGUCCCGCCGCUCGAUAUCCCCAUCCCCCGCACCUCGGAAUCCGCGCUGCCGACACCGAGUACUACGCCGACGUCCAUCACUCCCGACGAGUCUGAGGAGCGGCCGAGAAAACGCUCGAGACGGUCCACGCCGGCGGAGGCGACGUGCGGGCCGCGGGUGCAGCAUGUUAGGCGGUCAAGCCGGCAUCAGCGGUGUACGCGGACGCCGCAGCUGCAGGUGUGCCAGUGA